AUGAAUUCAAAUUCAGUCGGUGUAUUUCGUGAGAAGGAAAUCGAUGGGAAACCAUUCCACACAUACACUUUAUCAUCUCAAACAGACACCACAACCCCUUCUUCUUCCGGUGAAACAGCCAUUGAUGGCGACGACCAUCUCUCUCUUCAACAACCUCUUUUCCUCUGUCCUUCUUUACGUCUUAAAGCUGACGAGAUAAACUAUUCUUAUAGUGAAAUUCUACCGUUCAAUAUUUCCCCGUACUUCCCCAGCAUAAGAGGCGCUGAUCAACAAGUCCAGCAUUUGCUUGAUUCCGACAGCCAACAAGUCCAUGAUUUGCUUCAUUCCGACAACAGCCAUGAUGAUGAUGGUGAUGAAAUCUGUAAGCUCCCAGUUGUCCCUAUCUAUUGGUGUAACAGUAAAGAAAUUGAGUUCGAUCAAUUCAAUUGCGGUGCAUGUGAACGAUCAAAGAUUGGCACAGACUAUUAUAUCUGUCUCACGUGUGAUCUAAUGUUCCACAAAGAAUGCGUGGAGUCUCCCCUUGAGAUCAAACACCCUUCCUAUCCCUUUCUUUCACUCAAACUUUACACUCGUCACGAGCAGCUCAUGAGUUGCAUGUGCUGUAAACACCCUUCCAAUCUUAUUUUUUAUUAUUGUCCCACCUACAAAUUGAGUUUGCAUCCCGAUUGUGCGAUGAAGCCAAUAUCCAUUUUUAUAGACCACCCAAAAAGGCAUCCCCACCUUCUCACCUUUUUUCCCAAACAAGCUUCCUUACUUUGCGAUGUUUGUAGCCUCAUUAAAGAAGCUUUCCCCACCUAUGUGUGUCUUCGAUGUAUCUUUGUAGCCCAUCGAGAUUGUAUCUAUUUCCCGUAUGUCAUUAAAAUAUGUCGUCACCAACACCGUAUCUCUUUUACCUCUUCUCUUCCAUCUGGAAAAUGGUCUUGUGGAGUAUGUCGUAAAAAGGUUGACAACAAUUGUGGUGCAUACACUUGCAACAAGUGUAGCCACUAUUUUGUUCAUACAAGAUGUGCGUUACGGGAAGACUUGUGGGAUGGAAAGGAUCUCGAGGGAGUACCUGAAGAACCUGAAAUAAUUCUCGAGCCAUUUGAGACGAUAGCUGAUGGAAUAAUACUCCAUUUUUCUCAUGGCCAUCAUCUGAAACUCAAGACCAGUGGAGUUUACAACGAAAACAUUAUUUGUCAAGCGUGCAUCCUUCCAAUCUAUGAGGGUAAUUAUUACUCGUGUAUGGAUCAAUGCAACUUCAUCCUCCACGAAGCAUGUGCAAAUGCUUCUCGCAAGAAAGAUCAUGCCUUACACAGUCACCCACUUACGCUAAAAGUUGUCUCUGAUAUACAGAAUGAAUACUUUAAAGGUUACUUCAGGUGUUCCGCUUGUGAUCGUGAAAGUUGUGGCUUCAUCUAUGAGGAGGAUCAAUACAGCAUAGACAUACGGUGUGCCUCUGUUUCUGAACCAUUUGAUUAUCAAGGCCAUGAGCAUCCCUUAUUCCAAGCUUUAGACCGAAAAGAAGAAAGGGAGGCAAUUUGUCAAAUUUGCCGAAAAAAGUAUGGUCGAAAACUAAAUUGCAUCGAAUGCAAUUAUAUUAUAUGUUUCAGUUGUGCUACUUUACCAUACAAGGCAAAGUAUAAGCUUGACAAACAUUUCCUCACAUUUCGGGAAGGGGAAGAGGGAAGUGAUCAGUUAGACUGGUGUGAGGUAUGCGAAAAGAAAUUAGAAUACUCAAGAGAAGGUGGGUUCUAUGCGUGUGAUGACUGCUGCACCACUCUCCAUGUUGAUUGUUUGCUUGGAAAAGAGAUGUAUAUGUUGAAUCCUGGUCAUACUGUAAUGGCUUAUAGGUCAAACAUUUAUAUUCUUCCCAACAAUACCAUGACUCGACCAUUCUGCCAACUUCAUAAAGAAGAUCGUUGUCCACACAAAGUAAUUUUCAAUUGGCAUGACAUGACAUUUUGCUCUUACAGUUGUUCGAUGGAUUAGAUGUCAUCAUCGCCGGUGCUUCGUCGUCCCUUAUUCGCUAUAUUUCACUCCCCAUUUGCUUGUCUACGUUUUGUAAUAUGUUUCUUCUAUUAAAACGUAUUGUAAUACUUUUGGAUUCUUAACUUCUUCUAGUUCCCCAUUUGCUCAAUCUUCUUGUU